AGACCUGAAAGUGGCACAUGGCAGAGUGUGGCGAUGGAGACAGCAGCAAUGGGAGGCCGUACAGCACCCUAUGUCAAAAAAAUUCUACACACCAGCAGUGUGUGAGGAGACCUGAAAGUGGCACAUGGCAGAGUGUGGCGAUAGAGACAGCAGCAAUGGGAGGCCGUACAGGGACCCAUGAGAGACUCUGGACCUGGCAGCAGCAUGAGGAGGCGGUAUAUAGGGGCCUAUGGCAGAUUAGGGGCCUGGCAGCAGCAAUGGGAGGCCCGUAAUCUGCCAGCACCCUAUGUCAAAAAAUUCUACACACCAGCAGUGUGUGAGGAGACCUGAAAGUGGCACAU